GUAUUCACACCCAAGAGCAUAAAAAAUACUUAGAAAAAACAGUUCAAAACGCGAGUUUUCUUUUUGCAACAUUAAAGAAAACUUCAAUGAAAUUUUGGUUGAUAUCUUAAGCUCUGUUGACAACACUGAAUGUGGAUUAUCUGAAAAUAGUAAAGUGGAAUUCAGAUGUACGCGCGAUGUUUAUGAGAAUAUGUAACAGAAAUGUAUUUUCCAAUGCUCUUUUUGCUUCAAAAGUGCUUUGUAGGAAUGUACAUAUGCAUCCCCGUACCUUAGAAAGCCGGGCUACCUUGACCACGUUGGAGAACCUGAAAACGCAUGCUGAACGGAUGAAGUUUUUCUCUUCUAUUAUAAAUGACAAAAAUGCUUCACGAAAUAUCGAUAUUGGAGAUCUGAUUACCUCAAAAAGCAGUGAGGACGAAGUGCACGAUGUUUUAAAUCAAUACGGUAAUGAUAAUAGCUUAUUGACUAGUAACUUUUUAAAAAAAGCGAGCUCAAUCGCUGAAAAAACCCAAUCCGGAGAACUUGCCUCACGUUUGCGCGAGAUUGCUGCUAAUAGCAUGAUGGUACUGAGUCCUGAAGUCUUAACCAAUCUUCUUUGGGUAUUUGUAAGGGAAAAAAAUUCUUAUGAUCUUAUGGCAAUUGUCUCUUUUUUCCCUAAUGAAUUAUCAGUGUACCUACAUGCCUUUCGCAGACUUUUACUUACGUCUGCUCGUACCGGAACCAAUUUGGAUACUUGUUAUUUUCUAGCAGAGUAUUUGUUACCAAACUUGAUGGAAAGAAGAUCUACUUACUCUAUUGCCCAACAGCGGGAACUUCAAAAAAUUUAUUUUGAAUUGUUGCUCUGCUUUGCCUAUUCCUAUCAUACUAAGGGAAUAAAGCUUUUGCUCCCUAUUCUUUAUCAAGGAAAAUUUCAAAGUAUCAAUAUGACUUCGAUGGAUAUGGUAAUCAUGGCUCUUUGUGCAAACCAAGAGCUUGAAGCUGCUAUCCAACUUACGCUUUAUUUGGCCAAACGUAAUUUCCCUGUCAAUUACAUGCUAUAUCAAGAAAUAACAGACAGGCUAUGUUUUGAAAACAAACCCCUACUAGCGCUCAAGUUCUUCCAGAAUUUUUACAAAGGCACCCAUACCAAGUCGACCGCUGAAUUUCUGAUGCCUAUAGCUGAGUCUUUUUACAAAAACUUCAAGUCAUCAACCGAAAUUGAGAAAAGCUUAUCCGCUUUUCUCGAGAAUGCCCCUAAACCAACUCAUGCUAUAAUUUCCAGACUAAUAAUGCUUUGUUCACUGUUUAGCCAAGAUUUAUCACUUAUAUUACGUUACUUUGCUAAUUUACGGUCAAUGAAACUUUUGACGCUGGUUGACUACAAGAUUGUUUUCCAACUUGCAUUUGAUCUUCGCUCUAUUGAAUUAGGAGAUGCUAUAAAUAAAGAAAGUAAACACCUCAGCCGCUCUGAUCAACUAAAAUUACGAGAAAACUAUAUUGCUUUACAAAUUUUAGUCAGAAAAUACGCGGAUGCUAUUGGUAAUAUAGAACUUCUUCACAGGGAAGGAAGGACUAUAUCUAAACAGUUGUUGCUAUUUGCCUUAUACUCCAUGAAGACCUAUGGAACGGAAGAGGACUUCAAAUUACUUCAGUCGAUUUUGAAAAGACUAGGUUAUGGUUUUUUGUCGAGUUCUCUGGAUUCUCCCAGACCCGUUACUUAUCGUUGCUUAUAUUAUUAAGAUAAGGCCAUGAUAUGAUCUAUUUUGCUUUCGAAGCUCAGUCAUUUUAAAAUACAGACUCUCACCUAUGCGAAUAUCAACUUCCUCAAUCUUCGUUUUACUAUGAACUACAUAAGAAUUCUACUGACCAGUGGGUUUUCCUAAACUAUAAUAGAAAUGUAUAGCACCCUGAAAGAUCCUCUUUAUUUUAAUUAUCCCAGAUUUAGUUUAAUUUUGGUAAUUUUUGACAGUUCACAUCUCCUCUUUCAGUACAAAAUUAGAAACUGCUUUUAAUAACAUGAAUAUUCUCA